GUCACAGUCAACAGGAGCACAAAGUCCUGCAGACAACAUGGAUUUCUCUCCAACAAAACUACACUUAAACCAGAGUCUUUCACCUCAAGAGUGUAACCCGCUACAGCAAUGGGGAUACCCUGAUUCUGAAGGCUACUGUAGCUUGUCUCCAGCCUCUUCCAUUGAUUCUUCUGGAUUUUCUCCUCCCUAUCAAUCCUGUGCCUUUGCUAAUGAGGCUUACAGCAGCAUUCAUACAGCUUUCACUCAGAUGGAAAAGCUGAAAAGCAAGCCACAAGAAAUUUCUACAAAGAAGGACCACAGGAAUCGGAAAGUUUAUGAUCGAGAGAGACACAGUGCCAGUGAGAGGGAGAAGAUGAGAAUGAGAAAUUUGUCCUCUGCUCUCCAGAACCUGAGAAGAUACUUGCCUCCAGCCGUAGCCCCAGUUGGCAAAACCUUAACAAAAAUUGAGAUUCUGCGUCUCACCAUCCGUUAUAUAUCCCACCUGUCUGAGGUUCUUGGCCUUGAUGAGGAGACCUUGAUCAAGAGAAGAGAGGAAGAAAUGAGAAGGUCCAACAUGUGCCAUAUUGGUCUGUGCUACUGCCACGACAGACAGCACUGCUCAGAAGCCAAGCCACACGCUUCAGAGACUGUAAACUCACCCUAUUUCUCCAGUUCUCCAAGAUUGUUUCCUGAGCAGAACAUCUCUGAAACACAACAGCAAGAAUUUCAACAGCCAGCCAGAUGGGCCACUGAAGGCAAAGCUUCAGAUCUGGGUGAUCACAUGAAAACUUUCUCCUCUUGUGCACUGGCAUCUCAACCCAUCCACAGCAUAGAGACAAAAGAUGACUUGACCAUAAUCUCGCCAAUUUCUCCAGACCAGGGAUUUUGUCAGAACUUCAUAGAUGACAUGUGGGAUGAACUGCAAGAGAAAGAUCUGUGGACAUCGUUCCAACCACCUGAAACACUUCAGCAUCUUGCUUAUUAAUCAUGUCCAACUUAUAUUGUACUUAUAUACUUAUUUAAUUAUAUUGUAUCUUUUCUUGUGCAAAAUAUCUAUUUAUUAAUAUAUACAUAUAUAAAGUUUAUAGUAUUUAACUGUACAGAGACAUUUAUGCAUCUGUAAAAUAUUACAUAUAAAUAUGAACUUAAAAGUUCAAACAUAUUUAUUUAAAAUGUUCUAUUAAUGUAUGUUGAGCUAUAUCGAUUCAUAUCAUAUUUAUGCCAUUGCCGUAUGUGUAUGCUUGGAUAUAUAAAACGGCAUUCCAUACCUCUACAGAAGUAGGUUUCAUUGAUUUUUAUGGUGGAAUUAUGCUCCUAUGCUUUACAUUUUCAAACAACAAGUACCAACUACAAAUCUCCACGUUUGUCUCAUGUAUAAUGGAGUAUUUACCCUUGCUCUUUAUAUGAGCAGCCUUCUGCCAUCUUGGAUUCAUAAACACUAUUAGUAGCAUCAUUAUCGUUGUAAAGCAGUUUAAAUUGCAUUAUUACAUAGUGUUUCUUUCUGUUCUGAAUCUAUUCAAAUGCUUACAUAUUUUCAUAUAUCUAUUUCUAUCCUCUUAUCUAUGUAUUGUUACAAUAUACUGUAUAUCUGUGAAAGUCUAUGGCAUUAAAUAUUCUGUCAUUUAAAAGAACCUUGGCUUCCUAGUACUUUGUGUGAAACAAUAGGUAAUGGCUGCAAAAUUAAAGCUCCCAAA